AUGGCCCUCUAUUCGGAAUCGAAGCGCUCUCUGCGCGUUUUCCUUCUCUUCUUGUCCUUCUUCGUGCAGCUUCGAUCGGGCUAUUCUCUUUCCUUCAGCAUAUCUCGCUUCAACCCGCAGGCCACGGACAUAAUCUAUGAAGGCGAUGCUAGGCCAAACGUCGGCACCAUUGACUUCACUAGCGCCACUUACUCUUUCCAUGUCGGCCGAGCCUUUUACGCAGAGAAGCUGCAGCUCCGGAACUCCACUUCCAGGAGGCUCGCUGACUUCUCCACUCGGUUCUCCUUCACCAUCGACACAGAGAACCAGUCAGAGUACGGGGCUGGCUUCGCCUUCUUCCUCGCCCCUGUUGGGUACCAAAUCCCAGUCAAUUCGAAUGGUGGCUUCUUAGGCCUUUUCAACACCACGUACAGCAACUCGUCGUCGAAUCAAAUCAUUGCGGUCGAGUUCGACACUUUCACCAAUCCCGAAUGGGAUCCUCCAUAUGAGCACGUCGGGAUCAACAUAAACUCGAUUGCCUCGGCCGUGACCACCCCUUGGAACGCCACCUUCCACAGUGCUGACACCGCUGACGCAUGGAUUGCGUACAACUCCACGACCAAGAACUUGAGCGUUUCUUGGAGCUACCGGACUACGCCAAACCCACACGAGAACACAAGUAUUUCGUAUCAGAUUGAUCUCACCACUGUCUUGCCCGAGGAGGUGAUGAUCGGUUUCUCAGCUGCGACUGACUAUUAUACUGAACGUCACCAACUAAAAUCUUGGUCCUUCAGUUCAAACCUCGAAGUCACGGAAAAGCAAGGAAAUACAAAUAGGACCAAGUUAGUUGUUGGCUUAGCAGUUCCACUAGGAUUCCUACUCUGCGGUGUGUUGGCCAUAUCGGCAAUCCUAUGGAGGAGGAAGAGCAGGAGCAAGGGAUCGGAGAUGGCAAACUUGACGUCCAUAAAUGACGAGCUUGAGAGAGGAGCAGCGCCACGGAGGUUUAGGUAUACGGACCUUGUUGCUGCUACCAACAACUUUAACGAGGAGAGGAAGCUCGGCGAGGGCGGGUUCGGGGCAGUCUACAGGGGAUAUCUGGUCAGCCUGGAUGCGGCAGUCGCAGUGAAGAGGAUAUCGAGAGGGUCUAAACAGGGGAAGGAGUUCAUCACCGAAGUGAAGGUGAUCAGUAACUUGAGGCACAGGAAUUUGGUGCAACUCAUAGGUUGGUGCCAUGAGGCGAACGAGCUUUUGCUCGUCUAUGAGUACAUGCCAAACGGGAGCCUCGACACACACCUCUUUGGCAAGAAGAACCCUCUAGGCUGGGCUGUCCGGUACAAGAUUUCGGUCGGGCUUGCCUCCGCACUCCUCUACCUCCACGAGGAGUGGGAGCAGUGCGUGGUGCACCGGGACAUCAAGUCGAGCAACGUGAUGCUGGACGCGGGGUUCAAUGUCAAGCUUGGAGACUUUGGGCUGGCCCGCCUCCUGGACCGUGAGCUUGGGCCACAGACGACCGAGCUGGCUGGCACGUUCGGUUACUUGGCCCCGGAGUACGUGAGCACGGGGCGGGCAAGCAAGGAGUCCGAUGUGUACAGCUUAGGGGUGGUCGCACUCGAGAUCGGGACGGGACGGAAGUCCGUUGACCCGAUGGAGCAGUCCUCGGAAAUGAGUUUGGUGGAGUGGGUUUGGGACCUUUACGGGAGAGGAAAGAAAGACUACCUAUAUUACCUCUUGGUGUAUAUACAUAUUGGAUGGGAAGCUAUAACAAUCAAGAGUAAAUGA